AACCCGGCUCUCCGCGCCGCGGCAGCCGAGCGGCCCAGGUGCGCGGCCCCGCCGGAUCCCGCUGGCGCAGGGCGCGGGCGAUGCGGCGUGGCCAUGGAGGAGGCCCCUCUGCUCGGCGGGAUGCCUGGCCCCGAGGACGAGAUGGUGACGGAGCUUUUCAGCCCCGACGGUCCCUUCGCGCCUGAAAGCUUGGCGCUGAAGCCGCCGGUGGCGGUGAAGCACGAGGAGGACGAGUUCCGCGUCCUGAAGGACGCGUACCUGAGCGCGGCCGAGCCCCGGGAGCCGCUGCUGCGCGCGUUCAGCCCCGCGCUGGGCGCGGACUGCAAGAGCAAGGUCAAGGUGGAGCUGCUGGCGGACGCGGACGACGAGGAGCCGCUCCUGGGGGGGUACCCCGCGCUGCCCGAGCUCAACCCCCUGGACGACGCCGCGCUGCCCGCCGCGCCCGCCUACAACGUCCACUUCCUGUCCUCGCUGCUGCCGCCCCGCGGUCCCGCCGGCGUGCCCCUGGGCGCCUGGGCCAGGGAAGGAGCCGCCCACCCCGGUGUCCGGAUGAUUCCAGUUGAAAUAAAGGAAACAGGUGGUACCAUUACAAGUAACAAUCCGGAGGACGCGACUCUUCAGAAUGCUCUUGCUCAGGAAUCCUGUUGCAAGUUCUCAUCAUCCCAAGAACCAGAGGCCGCCUCUGGUUGUUCUUAUAAGAAAGACUUGAACCCAAUGGUAAUUAUGCCAAAGAAAAUGUGUAUGAUUAACAUUCGAACAAAGAUUAGGGCAUUGCUUCAUUUGUUAAGUAAAUGGAAAAGGAACAAUAUAUGCUAUCAAUUAAUUUUAAUUGUCUUCCUUACAGAUGUCCCUAAACCAAUGACUACUUUAGUAGGAAGAUUUUUGCCAGUACCAGCAAAAUUAAAUCUCAUUACACAACAACUUGAUAACGGAGCCUUACCAUCAGUAGUCAACGGAUCUGCCUACCCCCCGGGAUCGACUCUUCCAGGACCGCCGAAAAUAACUUUGGCUGGGUAA